CGACCUUUUCUCUAAUACCGUGUCGCACAUAAGAGGAAACACGCCCGCCUGGGCAAAGAAAUCAUAAAAUGGCUGCUGGAUUCGGAAGCUCCUCGUACUACGAUAGACGGUUCAGACAAUCCCCCGCCCUCAUUCGAGCACGACGACCUUACCUCUUCAAGAAUGCCGUUGUUGGGUCUGCCGUAGCGGCGUUUGCAAUUGGCGUUUAUGUAUACACCAUCAGCGUCAUCGGACAGGACGAGUUCGAAGAUGUAAAGGUCCCUAGCGCCCCGGGUCAACCGGAGAACAAAUAAGUACAAGUGGUCUAUCGUUAGAUAUAAUGUUAUCAAGGAAAUAGGAAGGCAUAAGAGAAGUUCACGAAAUAUACGGUUAGUCGGCUUCGGCAUCGGCAUCGGAGAUAAUGUCUAUGAAGUCGGGACUACGUCUUCCAUUUCAAAAAACUAUUGUAAAUGAAUAUACACUAGGUGGUAUCGCGGCCUAUGUCAAGCCUAUAAACGAACGACGAGCCCCCUUA